AAGAAGGAGCAGCCGCUCCUCUCCCCCACUGACACUAACGAUGGGGCACUAUUCCUCCUCCCCACUGACACCAACGAUGGGCACUGUUCCUCCUCCCCACUGACACCAACGAUGAGGCACUGUUCCUCCUCCCCACUGACACCAACGAUGGGCACUGUUCUCCCCACUGAUACCAAUGAUGGGGCACUAUUCCUCCUCCCCACUGACACCAAUGAUGGGGCACUAUUCCUCCCACUGAUAUCAAUGAUCGGGCACUAUUCUCCCCACUGAUACCAAUGAUGGGGCACUAUUCCUCCCCCACUGACACCAAUGAUGGGGCACUAUUCCUCCCACUGACACCAAUGAUGGGGCA